AUGGGAAAUGGCUUCACCGAACGCUGGAACAGAACAUUACUAGAUAUGUUAGACACAUUAAAACCAUCAAAGAAGCCUGAUUGGAAGAAUUACAUCCCAUCAUUAGUAUACGCUUACAAUUGUACCAAAGAUGAAAGUACGAAAACAUUACCAUUCGAACUUAUGCUCGGAAGAAAGCCCAAGUUACCUAUUGACGCAGUGUUCGAAACUUCAGACAUUGAACAGCCAACAUCUAAAACAACAAAAGACUACAUCCAGAACUUGAAGAAAAGAAUGCAGACUACACAAGAAAUAGCAAAGAAGUACACGGACAAAGCCAGAGAGAAACAAAAGAACAAUACGACAAGAAAGCUACGGCAUCCAGAAUUUCAUGGGGACGCCCACAUUCCUGAAAUUAUAGAGAAAGUAAAUAAAGUAGACAGAAAGAAAGAAAGCAGAACUGAAGAAUUAGAAAGAGAAAUGCAUGUAAAAGAAGUGGAUGAAACGAGAAAACAUACAGGAGAUGAAAUACAUGGUAGUCAAAUUGACAAGAUAACAUGA